AUGGAUUCAACACCAGUGACCGAAGAGUGCUGUCAUAGAAUGAAGCAUUUAGCUCUGGCAUUAAAGCGAGCUGAGCAGGCAUUGAGGGCUCUACGGCAUCGAGAAACAACUUUAAGCAUAAGGAAUAUAAAUACGGAAUUUGUACAAGAACAAACAGAAGCAGGACACUUAGAAUGCACCUUCGCGAUGGCUGGUGAAAACACGACGGAAUGGGGUGGAAAUAUAGCCCUAUGGGGUAUCCUGCCAAUAUGGCGUACUGCUCCACCACCGGAUACUGUAUUGAAACGUCAAAGACCGACACCUUCAGACUGUUGGCCCUUUAGAGGAUCUUAUGGCGAAAUCAUAAUAGAAAUGCCGAAAAGUUUGGCGAUUAAUAAAUUGAGCGUUGAACACAUUCGGCCGGAUACUGCUCUAAGUGCACCGAAACAUUUUAUAGUUUUUGGCAUUUUAGGUGACGGUACGUGGAUGAAAGCAGCUUACGGAAUCUACGAAUACAAUAAACCGGCAAAACAAUACUUUAAUUUAAACAAUAGAAACGUUCCGUUUCAACAGAUUGUUUUCAGGGUUUUGUCUAACCAAGGAAAUAUGAAAUAUACUUGUAUAUACAGAAUCCGCCUUUAUGAGUAG